CGUCACCCCCUUGCCGCGUCUCCAGGUUGCAGCACACGUAACACCUUUACCUUUCUUUCGCUCACCAUACCAAGAGAUGAAGUUCUUCCGCCACGCGCUCCCGGCCUUCACCGUUGCCCUGGGCCAAGUGUCCGCCUUUGUCACCCUCCCGGCAUCCCACCAGGUUGCCGGCGUAUCCAGGCGGCAAGCUGCGAAGGCAUGGACGAGCGCUGCCGGAGCGGGGUGCAGAAGAGCGGCCUCUUCCACAAGACUGAGCAUGGGAAUCUUCGACGACGUCACCGCCGAGAUGAAGGCGUCCAUGAAGAGCGGCGACAAGCCCAAGCUUGAGGGUUUGCGGAUGGUCCGGGCGGCGUUUUUGACGGAAACCAAGGCGGCGGGAUCGGGGGACAAGCUUCCAGACGAAAAGUGCAUCGCCAUCCUCCGAAAAAUGUCGAAGCAGCAGCAGGAGUCGAUCGACAUGUACCGCAAGGGGAAACGUGACGACCUCGUAGAAAAGGAGACCAAGACGAAACAGCUCAUCGACGCGAUGCUCCCUCAGCUAGCGGACGAGGCGAUGACUCAAAAAUGGGUCGAUGAGGCAAUCGCGUCGGCCGGCGCUAAGGGCCCGUCCGACAUGGGGAAGGUGAUGGGCCUCCUUAUGAAGGCGCACAAAACGGAAAUGGACGGAGGAUUGGCGCAGAGGCUUGUUUCCGCUCAGCUGAAGGGUGAAUGAUCUCUGAUGGCCCAGGUCUUGGGAGAUCUCAUUGCGUAAUCGUUUUUUUCGCCGCGUUUUGACUUCACAGACGGUGUGUGGUGUGACUUCUGCUCUUGUGCGAACCGCCUCCUUUGAAAAGUUUGGUUUGGCCGUUUCCUUGCCUUCUGCACGCGGGUAUUUACGAGGGCAUAGGUUUGUAGUCACCAACUGAGGUGGCAACGUCUUGUCUCUGGUUUUUACCUACGGGGGGCAGGUACUAUGCAGCUUCACACGUAACUGGUUCUCUACCUUCCGCAGUAGACGUCGGUCGCGUCAAGUCGAGUGUUCCCACUCGCGAAUUGUCCAGGGUCAAAAGCAUUACCUGAGUAUACCGGUUCUUCCAAGGCCAAGUCAUCACCUGUCAGCUGUAGCUGGCUAUCAGGGCCUCUAUGUUGUAGUAUACCGCGGAUAUACAAAUGGUAUUGCCCCACGAAUACACGGCGUGGUUGGAAUGAAUCCAAACGCCCACAAAGUGUCACCGUGAUGUGGUCUCCCAUGCGAAGGGUGUGCGGUGGAAACCUCCCUGGACUCGGGUUCGUUAGGUCAUCCGAACGAAUCGCUA